AUGGAAGACCCCUUCAUUUCCGACCCUGCUCCAGCCAGCAGUCUCCUCCCACAACAACGCGAGUCGCAUCGCUAUUCCUCCUUCGGCUCUCAGCUUUUUACCCUCAAUGCCUCUUCACCGUCGCAAGUGAAGCGUGCCCUCGAAGCCCAUCUGGCAGAGACUGAACGACGACUGCAGGAUGCGUCGAAACUUGGCACUGCCCUUGUGCAGCAGCAAAAGGAACUUUCCGAUAAACUAAAGGAGAUUGAGCACCAGCAGGAUGAGGGCGAAAUUGGUCCGGACUUGCGGAGGAAACUGGCUGAUUUGGAGAAGGAAUAUAAUGAAAUUGGUCGGGAGACUGCUCGUGUGUCUUUGGGUCCUAAACCUCGGCUAGUGCCUGCUGAUGAGGAAGCGCAAGGCUCCCUUUCUCUUGAUGGUCGGACUCUCGGGAGUCCCGCUGUACUCUCGAGUCAGGCUACUAGCUCGCCAACGAAGGUCACUGUGCCGUCGAGGAGACAACGGAAUCAACAAUCAAGUCGAGUCCACGACAUCGAAUUCGCGACGGAGAUUAGUACAUCAUUACUUGCUCAAGUCCGUCAACUACAAGGACUCCUCGUGGACCGGGAGGAAACUAUUAAGGCUAUCAAUCUAGAGAAGUCCAGGCUUGAACUUGAAGCAGAAGCUUUUACGCAACGUCUACGCACGCUCGAUGAAAGUGAACAGCGUUACAAGGACGAGAAUUGGAAUUUGGAAACACAAAUACAGGAACUCCUUGCCUCUGCCAAAGAAGCUUCUGUGAGAGAGGCUAGGCUAACCACAAACCUGAAUGCAGCUACUGCAGAAAACGCCACAGCCCAACGAAAGCUAGAUGAGUUGAAACAGGUCAACGAGAAGCUGAUUGAAGACAAUACGGCUACACAGAAAACCUACGAUUCUGAGCUUCAUGUUCUUCGACGGAUUGUCCAUGUUGGAGACACGGAACGGAAUAUUCUCCAACAGAAAGUGGAUGAACUUACCAACCAGAAUCAAGAGCUGGCCAAGGCUGUCGCCGCGAAAAUUCGACAACAUGAGGCAGAGGGUGUUAAUGACAUCGCGCCAAGGGACAAUGAUGAUGAAAUGGAUGAGGGUACCCCGGAACAUUCACCACCUCCCUCUCCAAAUAAAGCUACCCCUCGUCAUGGACAUUUGGAAUCUGAGACUCUGAAAAGUUCCCUAUAUCAUGCUCAUCGCAUGAUCCAGAACCUGAAGAACAAUAUUCAUCGUGAAAAGACCGAAAAGAUGGAACUUAAACGUAUGCUUCAGGAGGCUCGAGAUGAGGUUGAACAGCGACGUGUCGAGACUCAUGCACCGUCAAGCGCCAACAAACGUCAGAGAGUAAAACAAGAUGUGUUCAAGAAGCCCGCUCGGCCAGAAAUGCUUGGUGCCAGGCGCGGUUUUGCGGAAAUUGAAAUUGGGGAACCAGAUUGGGAAGAGCAUACCGUCGAAGCAAGUCCCACCAGGAAGUUUUCUGGAAGAUUAAAUACCUUCCUGUCUUCUGCUCGCUCCCGCAGUGACUCAGUUGAUGCAAGCGACGCUUAUCAAACCACAAACGAGACGGAAGACGCAUUCGAAACUGCAAAUGAGCGAGAAACCGCGACUGAAAGUGAGGCUUUCCAAACUGGCGCUGAAAGCCUGGGUGGAAAUACCAGUGAAGAGGAGCUUACUGAAACUGAAAGUCGUUCUGGCCCCGCAACUGGUGUCCGCAGUAAAAAACCCACAGGACAGUCCAUGACAAAACCUGGCGAUCGGACAUCCUUCAUGAGCACAUCGUCGACUUCCGAUGAGGAUUUUGGUGUGGACUAUGAGCGUACGCCCAUUCAAGCACUGCAACCACAGCGCUACAGGUUGAAAAUGACUCGUGUGCGUGAACGACGUGGGCGAACCUCCGGAGACUCCAUGGCCCCUGUGUGCUCUAAUUUGAGUGCGCAAAAUUCCCCUGCUACUAGCGUCUCCCAAGCACAUCCUCCGAUUAUCCCAUCCGGCCAGAGCCUUUUUGCGGAAUUGGAGGACCAACUCAAUGGUCCAGACAGUGGUAGCGAUAUUGGAACCCCUCGUUAUUCGACCACGGUAUCCCAAACAUCAACGCCAAAUAUUUCCAGAUUCAAUGAUCAAUGCCGGCCAUCCGAGGCGUCUAGCACUUAUUCCAUCACUAGGGUAAUGGUAGAUUCGGGUAUGAUGACGGAUUCCUGGCAACCUUCGCAGACUACUCCGGAUGUCGUGGCUUCGUUGACGCCCGUUGAAGCAGAGACAACUCACACUAAAAUUGCUACGGAGUCUGGGGAUGCGACGGAAUUUGUUGACUCUGCUACACAGUACACACCGCGGAAGAGUUCGGCAGUUGACAUCGGUGAUCUUUCUGUUGCUCUUGAUACUCCGCCUAAGACAAUAUGGGAUGUACCUGUCACAGAAAAACAACGUCAAGUGCAAUCAGAUAUGCCAGAGUCUCCAAUUUUGACUCCGUUGCUGCCAUUGGAAUUACAUAUAUCGCCAAUCCUAUCUGAAGAAACCAUGCCUGUUGCUCCUACUAUCAACAAGGAACAACCGCUGCAGCCAAUACCUCAGCUAGAUAUGUCUUCCAUUACCUAUGAGGAAACUUACCCUGUCCCUGCCCUUGUGAAGGCUAUUACGCCACCCUCGCUCGUCUUCUCACCUAUCCAAACUGAGACAACGGAACCACUGGAGCCAUCUCUGUCAAAGGCUGUUAAGAAACCAACUCAGCAACUUAAGAUCUCGCCGAUUUUCACAGCGGAAACAGAACCGGUGGAACCGCAGGUAUUGCGUGGAGUGGUCGCACAAACUAAACUAUUCGAUGCUGAGACUUCGUCAAAGAGACCCAAUACUGCAGUCGAUGUAAACGAAAUUUCGGGCCACAGCAUAGUCGGUUUCAACUCGGUGGAUGUUGGGACUGAUCCAAUCUUUCUGAUUUCUUCGACUGUAGACAAAUCUGUUGGAAGUGCGAAUAUAGGUGAGGAUGAAAAAGAAGAGGAUAUAGCAGCGCCCUUUGCCAAUAAUAUAUUCAGCCAAAUUAUGCACAGCUCUGUUACACCGCAACCUGCUCAGCCAGUCCCGCACAUUCCGGUUGCAACUAUAGAGAAUUCAGUCCAGACAAUACUUACUGCAACCCAGAUCGACCAGCUUCUUAUCGAGCGCUCCUCUCGUCGUACUGCUGCACCUUCCGUGGAAGCGGGCACAGACGGUAAACAGCUUCAAGCUCUUGUCGAGGGCGCUUCCGGUUCUCUCUCCACGCCUAAGGCAAGGCUUCUACCAAGUACAUUGCAGAAGGAUACGUCACAGCCUCCGCAGACUGCUGUUAAACGUCCCGGGAGUGCUUGCAGCCAACGACGCGGCUCGAUAACGUCCUAUCCCCCGCUACCUCCUGACCACAAACAAGCUAUUGCUGCUGCAAGCCAGCGACGAUCUUUAGAUGUCCCCUCCUCAGGAACGAUGGGGCCUCCUCUCGUCCCCGCUUCUGCGUUUCGCACUAAUGCGCAAAGCAGAACCCGCACGCCAAACGAUCAAGCUUCAAGCAUGAAGAAUGGUGUUACACCCCGUGCGCAUACUCGACGCAGCAGCCAAAUAUCGCGCCGUUCAUCGGUAUCUUCGUUCGCGUCAGAGCUUGAUGUACGGUUCAACAUGAAUAAUGGAGGAUAUCCCUUUCAGUCUGGUACCGACCCACGCAUGAUCCAGGCUAUCACGCAGACAAUGAUAGGAGAGUUUCUAUGGAAGUAUACACGCCGGACCGGUCGGCCAGAUUUGUCGAGCAAUACCCGUCACCAACGCUAUUUCUGGGUUCAUCCGUACACUCGAACUCUGUACUGGAGUGAUCAGGACCCGCAGUCAGCUGGGAAAUCGCAACGUAAAGCUAAGAGCGUUGCCAUUGAAGCUGUUCGUGUAGUCAAUGACGAUAAUCCGUACCCCCCUGGCUUACACCGUAAAAGUCUGGAGAUCAUCACCCCCGGUCGGAUAGUCAAGCUCACCGCUUCGACAAGCCAACGGCAUGAAACGUGGUUCAAUGCUCUUUCGUAUCUCCUUCUGAGAACCGCCGGCGAAGAGACUGCGGAUAGAGGUGACAAUCUCACUCAAGAUGACGUGGAUGAAUUUAACCCAUCUUUACACGGCUCAUCGCGUCCUGGCGGAUCGCGCAUGUCCAUUGCUUCUCGAACGAGCCGCAACGCACGCACAUACUCCGUACAGUAUCCGGAACCCACGCUUACAGUGAAACAGCCCGCGAUGUCUGGUCGUGCGUCCCCAGCGUUAUCCAGCGGCCGCAACUCUACUUCCCGUGUCGAUGUGCGCCAUGGCUCUGUUUCCCGUCUCAGCACGAUGUUUAGGACUUCGGUCAUAUCCGGGACGCUUUCGAGCCGGCGGAGCAGGUAUGACCGUGCGAGUGAGGGUAUAGAUAACUCCAACGCUGCGGAGCGAGAUAGCGCCGAGAAUUUAAGACGGCUUAUUGAACAGCAGGAGAUGGAGGCAGAUCUGUUGGAGAAUGUGCGGGCCUGUUGUGAUGGCAAGCAUGAUGUCAGCUCACUGUCUCGAACGAGCCGAUAUAGCUCGAGAGCUAGCCGUCUCCCCCACAAUCAUUGA